GUUAUCUUUCCGGGGUCUACGGUCUACCAAAAAGGACCCAACACAGAUGGCGACUGAGCCCGGUUCGGCCGGCGGCUACUCCUCUGCUGUCGACGGCGGUAUGACCGUAGACGAAUGCGAUAGCAUGAUCCGAAGGAGCCUUAGAACUCCAAUGGUGAAGUUUCUGAAGGAGCACCUUGAGAAAUCUGGAUGCAAUAUAGGAAGCAAUUUCAUCAAGGCUGUACGUUGUGAUAAGCAAGUCAGUGGCGGCUACCUCCGCGGUGAAGGGAUAGUAGUGUGCAGUAAUCACUUGAAAAUACAAGAUGAGGUGAACCAAGUUGUAAUUCAUGAACUCAUUCAUGCAUAUGAUGACUGUCGUGCUGCAAAUUUGGACUGGUCUGAUUGUGCUCAUCAUGCUUGCAGUGAGAUUCGAGCUGGCCAUCUUAGUGGUGAUUGCCAUUAUAAGAGGGAAUUACUGCGCGGGUUUGUGAAAAUACGAGGUCAUGAACAAGACUGUGUGAGGCGAAGAGUGAUGAAAUCCGUGACUGCAAACCCAUACUGCUCAGAAGCAGCUGCGAAGGAUGCCAUGGAAGCUGUUUGGGAUGUUUGUUACAAUGACACGAAGCCCUUUGACAGAGCUCCUUGAGAUACAGCAUUAUUAGCCAUACUGAAUUUUUCUUUUCAUAUUUAGGCUCUUGAAACACGUUGUAUUGCUAUAAUUAUUUGUUUUCCUCAGAAAACAUAAUCAGUUCACUGUAUCGUCAGGCAUUUACUGUUUUUGACUAUCGAAGAAACGGAAUUUGAUUUCCCUGAAAAUCUCAAUUAAAGAACUGUCUUAAUCA